AUGCCUUGCCUUUGUUUAUGCUGCACAGUGACCGCGACAUUACUUCCUUGCUCACAAGCUGCAGCUUAUCGAUGCCUCGCACAUUGGUUGCUACAACUAUCCGAGUUUGAUAUCACGUGCAUAACUCCUAAAGCUAUCAAGGGACAAGCUAUGAUCGAUAUGUUGGCCCUAUUUCCUGAAGCAGAGGAGUCCACUCUCUCUAAAGAAUUUCUGGGAGAGCUGCCGGAAAUGGUUUUCAUUGCUACGGAGAAUGAACCACAUACCCUCUACUUUGAUGGUUCUUAUACAUUGAAUGGUGGAGGAGCAAGUGUGAUACUCAUUAAUCCGAAAAGGCAAGCCACGACCUUCUCGUUCAAGCUAAAUUUCCCAUGUAAGAAUAAGGUGGCGGAGUACGAAGCUUUUAUUAUGGGAUUUUCUACGGCAAAGGAGAUGGGCAUAGAAAAGAUUAAGAUCAUUGGUGAUUCAAACUUAGUGCUAAGUCAAUUGCAAGGGAGCUUUGCUGUGAAAUAG